AUGAGUGUUUAUAAAGAAUCCUGUCACAGUCUAGAAGUAAAAGAGUUAGUUAUUGAUCCUAAUGAACUAGCCUAUCCUGUGAAUACACCAAAAGAAAGGACAGUUUAUGAUGUUUGUGAUUUAUUGUCAGCAGUGAAGGAAGGGAGACCAUUUUUUGUGAGCAAUAAAGGUCAAACAGAAUUGAAGGAGAUCCUACUUGAUGAAUCAUUAUCAGAUAUUAGUAACCUGUCACUAUUAGGAGGACGUGAUAUCAAGGAUGUGAUUGAAAUAAUUGAAGAAUUCAAGACACCAUUGACUACAAUAAAGCUAGAGACGAAAAUUCAAAAUGACGAACCAGCCACUAAUUACUCACCCACACAGAUCAGUGAGUACAAUGAUGAUCAAGAAAAAGUUUUCUGGACUAUCCAGAAUCUGGUAGAGGUAAAACAAGUGUUGAAAGAUGGUAACUUUCAAACUAUCAAGUGGUUUGAUCUUGGUCUCUACUUGGGUCUGAGUUUCAAUGAUUUAAAGACAAUUGAGCAUAAUUAUCCACGAGAUGCUGAGCAGUGUCUCACAGAAUGUUUAGCGAAAUGGCUAAAAGAGGACUUGGAAGCAACAAGGAACAAACUAAGUAUUGCUGCAGGUAAAGCUAUUACUUUUGACAAGAGAUAAGAGAGAAAUAUUUGAUGGUACUAAAGGUGUACCUGUAUCAAUCAUUAUCUGAUAUUUGCAACCUGUCACUAUUAGGAGCAAAGGGAGAUGGAGGAGUAAUGUGUGAUGAUGAUAAGUGCAAUGUAAAGAGUAAUGUAAUAAGCAAUAUCUGAGAGAAUGUUUAGCAAAAUGGCUGACAGAUGAUAGUGAAGCAACAUGGAACAAACUAGCUAUUGCUGUUGGUGAAGUAGGAAAGACAUCUGUUGCUGAUUAUAUACGUGUACAUGAAAUAAUUAUUUCCUGGAAAGGUCCAACAGUAACAAGAUGACAUUAAGUAGAGCAAGAGAACUGUUUCCUAGUAUUGAAAUAAUCAUUAAUGAAUGUACUGAUUGAUACUGAUACACACUGAUUCAUACUUAAUUCACCCUGAUUUUAGAUUGAUCCCUAGCACUGAGUUAUAGUCUGAUUAAUCUGUAUUGUUAUUAACUUAAUUGUAUUGACAGUCAUAUAUAA